AUGGCCAACUCAGCACUGGAGAUAGUGGGUCUGAUAUUGACCCUGAUUGGGUUGAUUGGGACGGCAGCAAGCACUGGGAUGCCGAUGUGGCGAGUCACAGCCUUCAUAGGAGAGAACAUCAUUGUGUUUGAAACCCGCUACGAGGGUCUGUGGAUGAAUUGCUUUCGGCAGGCCGACAUCAGGAUGCAGUGCAAGGUGUACGACUCCCUCCUGGCCCUGCCCCCUGAUCUGCAGGCGGCUCGGGGUCUCAUGUGCUGCGCCCUGGCGCUGGGUGCCCUCGGUCUGCUGAUCAGUUUGCUGGGGCUGCAGUGCACGGCGUGUAUUGAAAACAACGAUCGAGCAAAGCGUCUGGUCCUCAUCAUUGCAGGAAGUAUGAUCAUAGGGGCUUGCAUUUGUGUCCUUAUCCCCGUGUCCUGGACGGGUCACGUCAUCAUCAGGGACUUCUACAACCCUUUGCUGAUCGACGCCCAGCGCAGGGAGCUCGGGGAGGCUCUCUACAUUGGCUGGGUGACCUCCGCUUUUUUGUUCGCUGGAGGAUGCAUGUUUAUUUGUUGCAAUCUGCAGUCUGAGGACAAAGGUUCAGAGAGGUACAUGUACUCAAGACCCUCUGACUACGUGAGCUAUCCUCCACAGCAACUACAGCCUCAACAGCUGGUGCUAAUUCCCCAACAACAACCCCAAUAUCAGCCAGUGCUGUCACGACACCCAUCAACCCUCUACAGCUACCAGUCCAGACAACUCUCCACCCACCCCUCUCUACGCAGCGGGGUGGCUUAUCUCUGA